AUGACUUUUGUCGCCCUGGCUGCUUUUGAUCAUUUCUUCGCCGCUGGAGGCCAUAAAAGGAUCUCCUUUGUAUACCAGGAGUCUGAGGUCCCAGGAAUAGAGUGUGGACGCACAUACCCUGGACAAGCCGCAGGGGGAAAAGUACAGAGACUGUUUUUAGCUGAUUCAGCCCAGACAUGUCUGACAGGCAUCUGCUGUUAUUUCUUUCGAACGAGGGAGGACGUUCCUGUAACUCCAGAAAACAUACACGAGGAAAUCUGUUUCUCAAUGAUCGAUGCCACUGAUGGCCUCCUAAAAGGAAUAAGAAAUGCCUACGCUUUUCUGCUGCCAAUUCUUGAGGGACAGGAAAGCUGGGGUGCCUUGGACCAAUCGAGACAUGGAGAGAAACUUAAAAAGAACUUCAUGGAUAACUAUAAACAUUUUCUGAGCGAGCUUGAUGACCUUCAGGUGAGAAACAACGCUGUUGUCCGUUUGAGUCCAGCGACGAAUAUCGACCUUUCCAAGCUGACUUGUCUAGACGAGAUGAAAGCUGCAGCUGCUAACUUUGAGAUGGUGCAGGAACUCGAAGACCUUCUCAGUCGGUGGUGCAAGGAAAUUGAACAGGUCCUGACCGAGGAUGAUCAGUUGAGGAAAAUCGACCACGAAGGACCGCUGAGUGAGUUAGAACACUGGAAAAAGAAGCACUUACAAUUCAACUCCAUCGUCAAUCACACCAAAAGUGAAGAGUGCAAGGCUGUCGUAAUGGUGCUCUAUAUCCGCCGCUCCAAAAUGAUAAAGGUGUGGCGGGAUCUGGAUAACAGGAUAACUGAUCGCUUAAAUGAAGCAAAAGACUAUUUAAAAUUCCUGUCCACACUGGAGAAAGUCUUGCAAUCACUCUAUAACAAUGACCCGGAUUCCCUGAUAAAAAGUGUCCAUAGUCUCAUCAGAGCCAUUGAAAUAAUUCAAGAAGUCCCACUGUUCCGCAAUACAAACGAAAAGAUACCAACACUGUUACUUAAAGUCACAAAUCAACUGGUUACAGCAUGCAGAGCACACAUUACUGACCAUGGCAAGAGUUUCGUAUGGGACCAAGAUGCAGAAAGGCUCAUUAGGAAAAUGCAGGACUGCAUAACUUUGUUCCAGGAGUACCAGUCCUGCUUCCACAAAAUGAGAAUGCAGGCAGCAGAAAACCCCAGGAAGGAGCCCUUUGAUGUUUCGGAGAGGCAGAUCUUUGGCAUGUUUGACAACUUCUGCAAAAGACUUGAAAAGAUCAAACAAAUUAUCAGAGUGUUCGGGACAUUUGAAUCUCUUGGAAAGUCAAAGAUUGAAGGCAUCGAUAAUCUUGCCAGGCAGUUCCAGAAUGUGUCUUUGAAUUUGAAAAGAAAGCAUUAUGACCUGUUGGAUCCAAAGAUGACUGAAUUUGAUGCCGAUUUUGUGAAGUUUAUGGCUGAAAUCAGCCUCAUUGAGACCAAACUUCAGCAACUUAUGAAUUCAUGUUUCUCAAAAAUCUACUCAUCUCAGCGAGCUCUAGCGCUUCUACAGCGUUUCCAGAACCUGAAGCUUCCUUGUCUGGGCGAACAGAUUUCCAGCGUUUUGCUUCACGUUCUUCAGCGCUAUGUCUCUGAAGUGGAGCAUGUCCAGAAGCUCUUUGACGAAGAGAUGGAGAAUCCUCCAUGGGCUCGAAACAUGCCUCCAGUGGCUGGCAGAAUUCGUUGGGCCAGGCACCUUUUUAAAAAGAUUGAGCAACCCAUGUCAUACAUAAAGAAUAACUCGGCUGUUCUGUCGAGUCCCAAAGGGAAAGCAGUGGUCAAGAUGUACAAUCAAGCAGCCGCCGAACUGGUAGAGUUUGAAUGUCUCCAUUUUCAGACGUGGGCGAAGAAUGUUUCCAAACUAGAACACAUCCUAAACCAUACUGUGCUGGUACGUCACCCUCAGAACAAAAUGUUUCUUGUUAACUUUGAUCCACAAAUAACUGAGGUCAUUCAGGAGGUGAAGUGUUUGUCAAGUAUGGGUCUUCAGGUUCCAAAGCAGGCCGUUGCUCUUCUCAAUAUGGAAAGGAAGCUACAUGAUGUUCACCAGAGACUUAAGACAAUUUUGAAAGAGUAUGAAUCCACCUGUGCCAGCAUACCUGAAGACCUAAGCAACUUGCUAGCUUCAAAAGUGAAAAAUGUUGAGGUUGCCCUUCGCUUUGGCUCACUGCUGGUGACGUGGUCAUCCUUCCUCCUGGACAAGUUCCUCCAGAAUGUCGACACGGCUUUGGCUGAGCUCAAACAACUUGUAAAUAAGGUGAAAACUAUUUGUAAGCUACACAUUGAUGAUGUCCUGAAAGACAUCUCAGAGACGGCGCUGAUUGAGCUCCCAGAGGAUCAAGCUAUGUGCCUGCAGGAUCUCAUUGUCUCUAAUAAGACUCUCUGUCAAGAGUUGGCACACACAUUGAGUGUCAAAUGUGGUCACAUUAAAUGUGGAAUCAAAGAGCUAAGGAUUGUACUAAUGGGCACUGAUGAAGAGAAAAGCCAAGAUACGUCGAUCAACUUCCAAAGGGAGUUUAAGAAGCUUUAUGAACUCUACAGUAUAAAAGUGUUUGACGCCUUUGUUGCAACAACUAAGCAAUCCCUCGAUAUCCUUAAAAAGAGAAUUUGUGGCACUAUUACUUUCCAGAAGUUGAAGCAUGGGCCAGAGAUGGUGCCGUUGAUCAGGUCUGAGGUCCACCUCGACAAACCCACAGUGGUGAUAAUUCCCUGUAUAAAUGAGAUCCAACAGGGCAUAACUCAACUCACUGAUUCUGUUCUGGAAGUCAACAAGAGUAUAACGUGGCAUCGAGAGUUCAGCUGUGAUAACACUCAGAACAACGAUGAUUUCUUUUAUCGUGUUCUCGAGCACAAGGACAUUAAAAAGGUUGUUGCUGCUCUAAAGACUGCCAUCAGUUCCCAAAAGGCAUUAGCAAGCAAUGUUCUGAAGCAGUUCAGUCCUUUCAACGUGAUAUGGGAAGUGGACAAAUAUCUGAAAGUCAAGGAAUUUAUGGACAGCAACCCAUCCUUGAUCCAGAUAAAGUCUGAAAUCCAGCAUUACGACUCAGUGGAGCAGGAAAUCAAUGACAUUAAACCUGUCAUUCAUAUGGAGUCUAUUGAGCUGUCAACAGGCUCUUUAAAGAAGGCAUUGAUAGCAGAGACAAAAGCCUGGAAAAAGCUGAUUUGCAAAUUCCUGAAGGAGAGGUACAAGAAGAAAAAAAUUGAAAUCAGCAUACAGACCAACAAAUACAGCGCACAGCUGUCAAACCCUGUGGCUGAUCUGGAAGGUGCGCGUCAGGCAAUGGGUACCCUGGCAAAGCUUCGGGAAGCAGAAAUACAAAUUGAUAUGACCCUGAUUUCCAUCCAGGAAGCCUAUGAAGUUUUGACCAAAAGUGAAGCAGAGGUGACCAAAGCAGAAGUUGAGGGGGUGCACAAUCUGAGCCGCUUCUACACAGGACUUCAGUCCAAAGCUAGAUCAGUCCAGGAUGAGCUUGUUCGAUUGCAGCCAAAUUUCAAAGAAGACCUACUGCAGUGUGUUACAGUUUUCAAAAAGGAUGUCGACACCUAUUUGAAAGAAUAUGACUCUGAAGGUCCUUUGGUGCAAGGAAUAGCUCCACAAACGGCUAGCCAGCGGCUUCAAGCAUUUCAGGCAAGAUUCGAAGAACUAUGGAAAAGGUUCACCACGUAUACAUCUGCAGAGCAGCUCCUUGGUUUGCCGAUUACAGAAUAUGACAGCCUGCUUGUGAAAAAAAAAGAGCUCGAUCUGCUUCAGAAGCUUUAUGGCCUGUACAAUGCUGUGAUGACCAAGAUUGAUGGGUACUACUCAAUUCUGUGGACAAAUUUGGAUAUUGAGAAGAUCAAUGCAGAGCUUAUGGACUUCCAAAAUAGGUGUCGGAAGCUCCCCAAAGCCCUGAAGGAAUGGCAAGCCUUCCUAGACCUAAAGAAGACCAUUGAUGAUUUCAAUGAGUCCUGCCCUCUGCUUGAAAUGAUGGCUAACAAAUCUAUGCAGGGCAGACACUGGGAUCGGAUUGCAACCUUGACUGGACACCAUUUUGAUGUAGAGUCUGUUACCUUCAAGCUGCGUAACAUCAUGGAGGCCCCUCUUCUGACCUACAAGGAUGAUAUUGAGGACAUCUGUAUAUCAGCUGUAAAGGAAAAGGAUAUUGAGGCCAAGCUGAAUCAAGUAAAGGAGAUGUGGUCUGGUCAGACUCUGAGCUUAAUGACUUUCAAGAACAGAGGAGAGCUAAUGCUGAAAGGCGCAGAGACCGCAGAGAUUCUUACCAUCCUGGAGGACAGUCUGAUGGUGCUGGGUUCAUUGCUGAGCAACAGGUACAGUGCCUUCUACAAAGCAGAGAUCCAGGACUGGGUCUCCAACCUUUCAGCAUCUUCAGAAAUUAUUGAACUGUGGAUUAUUGUGCAAAACCUGUGGGUCUAUUUGGAGGCUGUGUUCGUAGGGGGGGACAUCGCCAAAGACCUACCACAGGAGGCAAAACGGUUCCAAGAUAUUGACAAGUCCUGGAUUAAGGUCAUGAAGCGAGCUCAGAAUGUCCCAAAAGUGCUGGAGUGCUGCGUGGGGGAUCCUAUUUUGGGGCAGCUCCUGCCGGAUCUUCAGAAGCAGUUAGAGCUCUGUCAGAAAUCACUAGCUGGUUACCUGGAGAAAAAGAGGCUUCUGUUCCCACGGUUCUUCUUUGUGUCCGAUCCGGCUCUUUUGGAAAUUCUUGGACAAGCCAGUGAUUCUCACACAAUUCAGUCACAUCUUCUAGGAGUUUUUGACAACGUCAAUGAAGCUGAGUUUGAUUCAACGGAGUAUGACAAGAUUUUGACUGUUGUCUCACAGGAGGGAGAGAAAUUACCGCUGGACAGGCCUGUUAUGGCUCAGGGAGCAGUGGAGCUCUGGCUGGGCGAGCUGCUGCAGCAGCAGCAGGCCUCGUUACACUCCGUCAUCAGAUCUUCCUACUGGGAGAUAAACGAUGAAGAGUUUGAUCUGCUUCCUUUUCUCGAGAACUACCAAGCGCAGGUUGGCCUGCUUGGUAUCCAGAUGCUUUGGACAAGAGAUUCAGAAGAAGCCCUCCACACUGCUGAAAUGGACAAAGAGAUCAUGAUCUUUAUGAAGAACAAGUUUCUCCAGUUGCUCAGCGUGCUAAUUAAACAGACCACCCGUGACCUCAGCAAAUUUGAUCGGGUCAUGUAUGAGACACUUGUCACAAUUCAUGUGCACCAAAGUGACAUUUUCAAUGACUUGGUAAAGAAGCGUAUAAAAUCUGUCAACGAUUUUGAAUGGCUCAAGCAGAGCAGAUUUUACUUCAGGGAGGAUUUGGACAAAGUCAUUGUGUCGAUUACCAAUGUUGACUUCAUUUAUCAGAAUGAGUUUUUAGGCUGUACUGAUCGCCUGGUCAUCACUCCUUUGACUGACAGGUGUUACAUCACAUUGGCCCAGGCCCUUGGCAUGAGCAUGGGAGGAGCUCCUGCUGGUCCAGCUGGCACGGGUAAAACUGAAACUACUAAAGAUAUGGGUCGCUGCCUGGGCAAGUACGUUGUGGUUUUUAACUGCUCAGACCAGAUGGACUUCAGAGGACUUGGCAGAAUAUAUAAAGGCCUCGCACAGUCAGGUUCCUGGGGCUGCUUCGAUGAGUUCAACAGAAUUGACCUGCCGGUCCUCUCUGUUGCUGCUCAGCAGAUCUCUAUUGUUUUAACGGCACGAAAGAAACACAAAAGCACAUUCAUUUUUACUGACGGAGACUGUGUGGAUCUGAAUCCAGAAUUUGGCCUGUUUAUCACUAUGAACCCUGGAUAUGCAGGUCGUCAGGAACUUCCUGAAAACUUGAAGGUGCAGUUCAGGACAGUGUCCAUGAUGGUACCAGACAGGCAGAUCAUCAUGAGAGUAAAACUGGCCAGUUGUGGAUUCAACGAGAAUGUUAUUUUAGCCCAGAAGUUCUUUGUUCUUUACAAACUGUGUGAGGAACAGCUUACAAAACAGGUCCACUAUGACUUUGGACUAAGGAAUAUCUUAUCUGUGUUAAGAACACUUGGGGCUUGUAAAAGAGCUCGACCUGAUGACACAGAAUCUAGCACUGUCAUGAGGGUACUGCGUGACAUGAAUCUCUCCAAACUGGUGGAUGAGGAUGAGCCCCUCUUCCUUAGUCUUAUCAAUGACCUGUUCCCUGGUAUCCAGCUGGAUGGAAGUACAUAUGCAGAACUCCAAGCUGCUGUUGCCCAUCAAAUUGAACUAGCAGGUCUUGUCAACCACCCACCUUGGAACCUCAAGCUUGUCCAGCUGUAUGAGGCGUCACGGGUGCGCCAUGGACUGAUGACUUUGGGCCCGAGUGGAGCAGGGAAAACCGCAUCUAUCAACAUUCUGAUGAGGUCAAUGAGUGAAUGUGGAACCCCACACAGAGAAAUGCGCAUGAACCCCAAGGCAAUCACUGCUCCCCAGAUGUUUGGUCGCUUGGAUGCAGCCACCAAUGACUGGACAGAUGGAAUCUUUUCAACCCUAUGGAGGAGAUCGCUCAAAGCCAAAAAGGGGGAGGCUAUCUGGAUUGUCCUAGAUGGCCCUGUGGAUGCCAUAUGGAUUGAAAAUCUGAACUCAGUGCUAGACGAUAACAAAACAUUGACCCUGGCUAAUGGAGACCGCAUCACCAUGUCACCAACCUGCAAGUUGGUCUUCGAGGUGCACAAUAUGGAUAAUGCCUCUCCUGCUACCGUCUCCCGGGUGGGUAUGGUUUUUAUGAGCUCCUCUGCGCUCAGCUGGCAACCCAUACUCCAGGGAUGGGCUAAGAAGCGCAACGCAAAGGAAGCAGAAAGCAUUUUAAGUUUAUAUGACAGGGUGUUUGCUGAUGUUUACCUUUAUAUGAAACAAAACCUCAAACCUAAAAUGGAGCUUUUGGAGUGCAACUAUAUUAUGCAGUCGGUUAAUCUACUGGAGGGUUUCCUGCCAACCAAAGAGAUAAUGGGCUUUGCGGAAAGCAAGCACCUCGAGCGCCUUUUUGUCUUCUGCGUGAUGUGGAGCAUUGGAGCAAUUUUGGAAUUAGAGGAUCGCGACAAACUAGAAGAGUAUAUGAGAGGUCAUGACAGCAAGAUUGAUUUGCCUCCGACCAAGCCAGGAGAGACUAUGUUUGAGUACAUGAUCGAGACAAACGGUGAAUGGUGUCACUGGAGUAAUCACGUUGGGGAGUACAUCUAUCCAACUGACGAUGUCCCAGAUUACACUUCCAUUCUUGUGCCAAAUGUGGAUAACACGAGAACCUCUUUCUUGCUGGAAACUAUUGCAAAACAACGCAAGGCUGUAUUGCUCAUUGGUGAACAAGGAACAGCAAAGACGGUGAUGAUAAAAGCCUACGCAAAAAAACAAGAUCCUGAGACCGACCUGUUCAAGUCCCUGAAUUUCUCGUCUGCCACAGAACCCAUAAUGUUUCAGCGAACAGUGGAAAGCUACAUUGAAAAACGAGUUGGCAGCACCUAUGGGCCCCCGGGAGGACGAAGGAUGACUGUUUUCGUUGAUGACAUAAAUAUGCCUAUUGUCAACAAAUGGGGAGAUCAGAUCACCAACGAGAUUGUUCGGCAAAUGAUGGAAAUGAAUGGCAUGUACAAUCUCGACAAACCUGGAGAUUUCACGACUGUUGAGGAUGUACAGAUUCUGGCUGCCAUGAUUCAUCCCGGCGGUGGAAGAAACGACAUUCCACAAAGACUGAAGAGACAGUUUACAAUCUUUAACUGCACUCUGCCAUCCAACACCUCCAUCGACAAGAUCUUUGGCAUAAUUGGCUGUGGAUACUUCCAUGAGUGCAGGGGUUUCAAUCAAAGUAUUUUAGAAAUGGUUAAAUGUCUAGUGCCUGCUGGAAGGAUUCUAUGGCAAUGGACAAAAGUAAAAAUGCUCCCCACCCCAUCAAAGUUCCACUAUAUCUUCAACCUGAGGGAUUUGUCCAGAAUUUGGCAAGGAAUGUUAAACAUUAAAGCCGAGGAGUGUAAUAACAUCCCCACUCUGUUAGCUCUUUUUAAGAGUGAAUGUACAAGGGUGAUAGCAGACAGGUUUAUUAGCUCAAAUGAUAAAGAGUGGUUUGAGGAGAAAUUAUGCCAAGCGAUCCAAGAUAUUGAUUCAAAUCUUGUCAAAGGACUUCACCCUGAGCCAUAUUUUGUGGACUUCCUCCGGGAUGCACCUGAGCCGACAGGAGAAGAAGAGGAUGAAGCCAAUUUGGAUGCCCCUAAAAUUUAUGAAUUGGUGCCAGAUUUUGAGUUCUUAUCAGAGAAACUGAAGAUGUAUCAGGGUCAGCACAAUGAGGUGGUAAAGGGAUCCAGUCUGGAUCUGGUGUUCUUCAAAGAUGCAAUGACACACCUUGUCAAGGUUUCACGAAUUAUUCGCACUGACAAUGGAAGUGCCUUGCUUGUGGGUGUAGGAGGAUCCGGGAAACAAAGUCUUGCUCGCCUGGCCUCUUACAUUGCUGGAUAUAGUGUCUUUCAGAUUACACUGACCAGAUCAUACAACAUGAAUAAUUUCAUGGAUGACCUCAAACUGUUGUACAAGACAGCUGGGGCUGAUGGCAAAGGCAUAACCUUCAUUUUUACUGACAAUGAAAUCAAAGACGAAGCCUUCCUUGAACACCUGAACAACGUGCUUUCUUCAGGAGAGGUGUCCAAUCUUUUUGCCAAAGAUGAGAUACAAGAGAUAACCCAAAACCUUAUUCCAGUUAUGAAAAAAGAGCUUCCUCGCAUCCCACCAACUUUUGACAACCUUUAUGAGUACUUUAUAGCGCGGUCAAAAAAGAAUCUGCAUGUUGUUCUUUGCUUCUCACCGGUGGGACAGAAGUUUCGGUCCAGAUGUCAGAAGUUUCCUGGCUUGAUUUCUGGCUGUACAAUGGACUGGUACAGCCCUUGGCCCAGUGAGGCCCUGGUUGCUGUAUCCACCUAUUUCUUAUCAGAGUUCCACAUGGUUUGCUCAGCUACUGUCAAGACCUCAGUGAUGGCCACGAUGGGAAUUUACCAUGACAGAGUUUCUAAUGCUUGUGAGAGUUACUUUGAAAGCUUUCGCAGAAGAACUCACGUGACCCCAAAGUCCUACCUCUCUUUUAUAAAUGGUUACAAAAGCUUAUAUAAAGAAAAACACAAUUACAUCAACACUUUGGCGGAGCGCAUGAAUGUUGGUUUGGACAAACUGAAGGAGGCCAGUGAGUCUGUGGCUCAACUGUCAAAAGAUCUUGAAGUAAAGGACAAAGAGCUGGCAAUAGCAUCUGCCAAAGCAGACAAGGUGCUGGCAGAGGUGACAGUUAGCGCUGAAGCGGCAAACAAAGUGAAGGAUGAGGUCGAGAUUGUGGCGCAAAGAGCCCAGACACUUGUGGAUGGAAUUGGGAAAGAGAAAGCCAUAGCUGAAAGAAAGCUGGAGAAAGCCAAGCCAGCGUUGGACCAAGCUACAGCUGCACUGAAUACCAUCUCGCCUGCUGACAUUGCAACUGUAAGAAAACUUGCCAAGCCUCCUCAUUUGAUCAUGAGGAUUAUGGACUGUGUCCUGAUAUUAUUCAACAAAAAGUUAGACUCUGUCACGAUCGAUCCUGAACGGCGCUGCAUUAAGCCUUCCUGGACAGAAGCGAUGAAGCUCUUGAGUAGUCCUGGAUUCUUGACAUCCCUUCAGCAAUUCCCCAAGGACCAAAUUAACGAUGAAACAGUCGAGCUGCUGCAGCCAUACUUUGACAUGGAAGAUUAUACAAUGGAAAGUGCCACAAAAGCGUGCGGUAACGUUGCUGGUCUGCUAGGAUGGACUCUUGCUAUGGCCAAAUUCUAUGAAAUUAACAAAGAAGUUUUGCCACUCCAGGCUAACCUGGCCAUUCAACAAAGUCGUCUGAACGUGGCUAAUAACGAGCUAAGCAAGGCUGAGGCCCUGAGGGCUGAAAAGCAAGCUGAGUUGGACAAAGUCAACGCUAAAUAUAAUGCCGCCAUGAAAGAGAAACAGGACUUGUCAGAUGAUGCACAGAUGUGUAGGAAUAAAAAGCAGACGGCAUCUGCAUUAAUCGAUGGACUUAGUGGAGAGAAGAUUCGCUGGACACAGCAGAGCAAAGAGUUUAUAUCUCAAAUAAAUAGACUUGUGGGUGAUGUGCUCCAGCUUACUGGCUUCCUUUCAUACUGUGGGCCAUUCAAUCAAAAUUAUCGAGACAAAUUGCUGAAGGACUGGCAGGAAGAGCUUCUGAGUCACAAAAUCCCUUUUACAGAAAGUCUCAACAUAAUCUCUGCCCUCGUGGACCCUCCCACUAUAAGCGAGUGGAACCUUCAGGGACUCCCAGGAGAUGACUUGUCUGUUCAGAAUGGCAUCGUUGUCACCAAAGCAACAAGAUAUCCCCUCCUCAUUGAUCCUCAGACACAAGGAAGGACAUGGAUUAAAAAAAAAGAAGCAGCCAAUGAACUUCAGGUCACGUCACUCAACCACAAGUUUUUCCGCACUCAUUUGGAAGAUUGUCUUUCCUUGGGCCGACCUCUGCUUAUUGCUGAUAUAUUUGAAGAGCUUGACCCUGCCCUGGAUAAUGUGCUUGAGAAAAACUUCAUUAAAUCUGGGACCAGUUAUAAGGUUAAAGUUGGAGACAAAGAGAUAAAUGUCAUGAAUAGCUUCCGGCUCUAUAUAACCACUAAACUACCCAAUCCAGCAUAUACCCCGGAAGUCAGCGCUAGGACAUCCAUCAUUGAUUUCACAGUAAACAUGAAGGGUCUGGAGAACCAGCUGCUAGGUCGUGUCAUCCUCAUGGAGAAACAAGAACUAGAAGCAGAGAGAUUGAAGUUAAUGGAAGAUGUAACUGCCAAUAAGAGGAAGAUGCAGGAGCUGGAAGACAACUUGCUGUACAAACUCAGCUCCACUCAAGGUUCCUUAGUUGAUGAUCCGUCCAUGAUUGGCAUUCUGCACACAACUAAGCAAACUGCUGCUAAAGUUAGUGAAAAGCUCAGUGUGGCAGCAGAAGCCGAGGCAAAGAUCAAUUUAGCUCAAGCGGAAUAUCGUCCCGUUGCCUCACGAGGCAGCAUUCUCUACUUCCUCAUCACAGAAAUGAGCAUGGUCAAUGUCAUGUACCAGACCUCCCUGGGUCAGUUCCUCAAAGUGUUUGAUGUAUCCCUCGAAAGGUCUGAAAAGUCCUCUAAAACCCAGACCCGAAUUUCGAACAUCAUUAGCUAUUUGACAUUUGAGGUGUUCAGAUAUACAAUCAGAGGCCUGUAUGAAAACCACAAGUUUGUUUUCACGCUCUUGUUGGCCCUUAAGAUCGAAUUACAGACCAAUAAAAUCGAUCAAAACAAAUUCCAGUUACUAAUUAAAGGUGGUGCGGCUCUGGACUUGAAGACCUGUCCCCAAAAGCCAUUCAGGUGGAUCCUGGAUAUGGUGUGGCUAAACUUGGUGGAACUUAGCAAACUUCCAGAUUUUGCCAAUAUCCUAUACCAGGUGUCCCAAAAUGAGAAAAACUGGAAGGCAUGGCUUAAUCUUGAUGCACCAGAGGAAGGCGUCAUUCCUGAUGGAUACAAUUCUAUGGACGUCUUCCAAAAACUUUUGCUGAUAAGGUCUUGGUGCCCUGAUCGUACCUUGGCUCAAGCUAUUAAGUAUGUAGAUAAAUCCAUAGGCAGCCAAUUUGCUGAACCUGUGAUCCUAAAUCUUCAUGGCACAUGGGAGGAAAGUGAUACUCGCACUCCCCUAAUCUGCUUCCUCUCUAUGGGUUCUGAUCCCACUGAUCAAAUCGAAGCACUUGCCAAGAACCUUGAGCUUGAGUGCAGAGCAAUAUCGAUGGGACAAGGGCAGGAGGUUCAUGCAAGGAAGCUUCUGAAGACAUCAAUGACAGAGGGAGGCUGGGUCCUUCUGCAGAACUGUCACCUGGGCUUAGAGUUUAUGGAUGAGCUGCUAGAAACAAUCACAGUAGCUGAGACAAUGCAUGACACUUUCAGAGUGUGGAUCACCACAGAACCACACAAUCAAUUCUCUAUCACACUCCUGCAGUCUUCAAUCAAGUUUACCAACGAUCCGCCACAGGGAAUACGUGCCGGCUUGAAACGAACAUUUGCAGGAAUUUCACAGAACCAGUUGGAAGCAAGCAACCUGCCCAUGUGGAAGCCCUUGUUGUACAGUGUGGCCUUUCUACACACUGCUGUACAGGAACGACGCAAAUUUGGACCUUUGGGUUGGAACAUACCUUACGAGUUCAACUCAGCUGAUUUUUCUGCAAGCGUCGAGUUUGUGGAAAAACACUUGGAUGAUUGUGGCCCGAAGCAGGAUGUUUCAUGGGUAACCGUGCGAUACAUGCUUGCUGAAGUGCAGUAUGGAGGAAGGGUCACAGAUGACUACGAUAAACGCCUGUUGAAGUGUUUUGCUCGUGUGUGGUUCAGUAAGAAGAUGAUAGACCCGUCAUUUGGCUUCUAUACGGGCUACAAAAUUCCUGUUUGUGAGACAGUUGAGGAGUACAUGAAUUACAUCCAGAGCUUGCCUAUUGCAGAUUCACCUGAAGCAUUGGGCCUGCAUUCUAACGCUGAUAUCACAUACCAGGCAAAUACAUCCGCUGAAGUGUUGGACACGAUCAUAAAUAUCCAGCCAAAGGAAAGUGGAGGAGGAUCUGGGGCGACCCGGGAGUCCAUUGUUUACAACAUGGCAGAAGACAUGUUGGAGAAGCUGCCCCCAGAUUAUGUGCCGCAUGAGGUCAAAGCCAGGCUGCAGAAGAUGGGAGCUCUAAACCCGAUGAACAUCUUCCUACGGCAGGAAGUGGAUCGAAUGCAGAGAAUAAUCUCUGUUGUGCGGACUAGCCUGAGUGACCUGAAGUUGGCUAUAGACGGCACUAUAAUCAUGAGCGAUAACCUCCGCGAUGCCUUGGACAAUAUUUUUGAUGCCCGUGUUCCAGGCUUGUGGAGGAGCAUCUCUUGGGAGUCUUCCACUUUGGGCUUUUGGUUCACUGAACUUAUUGAGAGAAACACUCAGUUCAACAGCUGGGUGUCUGAAGGAAGACCAAAAACCUUCUGGAUGACAGGUUUCUUUAAUCCCCAGGGUUUCCUCACAGCUAUGAGGCAGGAGGUAACCAGGGCUAACAAAGGCUGGGCUCUGGACACAGUCACGCUUAACAACGAAGUUUCAAAAAUGGCAAGGGAGGAAAUCACUGAGGCACCAAAAGAGGGAGUUUACGUCUACGGUUUGUACCUGGAUGGCGCCGGCUGGAACAAAAAGAACAUCCAUCUUGUAGAGCCCGCACCUAAAGUGUUGUUCACACCCAUGCCUGUGAUUCGCAUGUUUGCUAUCAAAUCCACCGCUCCUGUUGACCCGAAGCUGUACGUCUGCCCAAUCUACAAGAAGUCCAGACGUACAGACCAGAACUACAUCACAGCAGUGACAUUACCGACCAUCAUGUCACCAGAUCACUGGAUCAUGCGUGGGGUUGCUCUGCUCUGUGAUAUUGCCUGAUGUGUCUAUGUUGUCUGCAUGUUUGCUUCACUCUUUUCAAUAAACAUUUUAUUGGUGCA